AUGAUAUCAAUAUUAAAUUUAUUUCAAAAAUUAAUCAUUAUAACAUCUCUUCUUAUAUUUUGUUUAUGUGAAAAUCAAAAUAAAAUAAUUGAUUAUGACAAUCAUCAUAAUACAGAUGAAAUGCUUGCUGCACUUAAUUAUGUACAUGCAACAUGUCCUGAUAUAACAUAUCUAUAUGAUUUACCAUUAAGAACUGAUGAGGAUCGUCCAUUACGUGUUAUUGUAUUUUCUGAUCAUCCAAAACAUCAUGAAAUACUUGAACCUGAAUUUAAAUAUGUUGCAAAUAUGCAUGGAAAUGAAGUUGUUGGUCGAGAGUUAUUAUUAAAAUUAGCUGAAUAUCUUUGUCAAGAAUAUAACAAUGGUAAUAAAGAAAUCAAAAAAUUAAUUGAAAAUACUCGUAUUCAUCUUCUUCCAUCAAUGAAUCCUGAUGGUUGGGAACAUGCUGUUCAAAAUACAUGGAAUAAUACAGUCCCUGGGAAAUAUGGAAAUGUUUCAACUAUGAUGAGAGAAUAUGGUGCAACUGAUUGGCUUGUUGGUCGAAGCAAUGCAAAUGAUGUUGAUUUGAAUCGAAAUUUUCCUAAUUUAGAUGAAUUUAUUUAUGAAUAUAAUCAUUUAGCUAAUCAUAAAAAUAAUCAUCUAGAUAUUGAAACAUUUCAAGCAUUGAUAUCUGGAAAAGAUUGUCAUAAUAAACCGUAUCAAGUUGAAACUAUAAUAGUAGCUUUUUGGAUUAUGCGAAAUCCAUUUGUUUUAUCUGCUAAUUUACAUAAUGGUGAUCUUGUUGCUAAUUAUCCUUAUGAUGAUUCAGAAUAUCAUACUCAAAUGUAUUCGAAAACACCAGAUGAUACAUUAUUUCGUCAACUGGCUGAAUCAUAUUCGUAUACACAUUUAAGUAUGCGAUCACAAAAAAAACCUUGUAGUACAGAUGUUUUUGAAAAUGGAAUUACCAAUGGUGCAGCAUGGUAUCCAGUAUGCGGUGGAAUGCAAGAUUUUAAUUAUUUAGCAAGUAAUUGUUAUGAACUAACACUUGAACUUGGUUGUAAAAAAUUUCCACCUGGAAAAGAAUUAACUUCACUUUGGAAUCAUAAUCAAGGAUCAUUGGUUAAUCUUAUUUGGCAGACUCAUCUAGGUAUUAAAGGGUUAAUUCAAAAUGAAGAUGGAAAAAUGAUUUUUAAUGCGACUAUUAAAGUUUAUCAAGCAGAGGGAGAUAAUUGGAAAUAUAUUGAUCAUGAUGUUACAUCAAAUAUUGGAGGUGAUUAUUAUCGUUUACUUGUUGAUGGUUCAUAUGCAGUUGAAGUUAGUUAUCCUGGUUUUAAAUCACAAACUCAACAUGUUGAUGUUAAUUAUAAAUCACAACAAACUGAUGCUCAACGACUUGAUUUCAUUCUUGAAUCUGUUUCAAGUAAACGAAGUAAUCUUCGAAAAAUACUCAGAAAUUUAUUCAACAAAGAUAAAGAAACAAUAAAUUGGAACAUGACAUUGAAGAGAAAAAUGGUGAUCAAUUAUUGUUAUCAUGGAAUUGUAUUUGAAGCAACAUUUAAACUUCAUGAUGAUUUAUAUGUUGUUCAAUUUAAACGUGGUGAUAAUGAAUUAUUGUUUCCACUUAAUAUUUAUACAACUGUUUUCGAUGAGUAA